UCAUUUGACGUUUUUUCUACCUUCUCCCCCCUUUCCCUAUUUCUUCCCAAUAAACCCCUCAUCAGAAAGAAAAGCUUAACCACCUGAAUUGCACUUCGGUGCAAAAACCUUAACUACCUUCAAUUCAUUUCACAAAUUCACAUUCACGAAAACCAGAUCUUGGCGCACGCUCUUCUUUCACGGCGGUUCCAGAGAUCGCCACUAACAAUUUUCCAGAAAUGUCUCCAAUCUUCGAAUACUUCGUAGUGUGCGGGAUCGGACCAGAGAUUCGAUCCAUUGAUGGAACCAAAGGUUACCAUGGUCCUGGUUGGAUGUAUCUUCCUUCUCUUCUCGAUCAAUAUCCACCUUCUACUCACACUCUUUACCCUCCUGCACCUCCUCAGCUUCCAACUUGUGUUCUACCGGCUGGUGUUGUGUUUUAUUCGUCAGGAUUUGAUCCUAAUGAUCCUUCCACUUUUCCGCGGAGUUAUCCAAUUGUUUUGACCGAGGGUGAUGGUUCAAAAAUCUAUGUGAGCUGCAUUUCUUUCCGGGAUCCUGUUUGUGAAGAUAUUCUGGAGGCCUACAGGAUACAGGGGAAUUCCUAUGCUGACAAAUGCAUCUGUCUAGUUUCACGCUCGCCUAGUUUCAGUGUGCUAAGGAGUGCCCUAGAGGAACUGUUUGUUCUAUGUUUCUCGCCAACUGGAAGUAGCAAGCCACUAUGGGAUAUUAUAGCACAUAUGGUGUCCAAUGUACCUUUACCUAAUCCUGGAAAGGAGCGAGUUCUGUUUGCUAUUGAGAAUCGUCUGCUUUCUGUAGAGGCUCCACCAAACUAUGGACUUCCCCAUGUUGAUAUAUCAUUCCAGCCUCUGGUACAGUGUUUAGAUGUUGACAACUUCAUAAGACUUUUUACGGCAGUGCUGCUUGAGAGGAGGAUUUUACUUCGGGCAAACAAAUAUUCACUUCUAACUCUUGCAUCAGAGGCCAUUUGUCACCUAAUCUACCCAUUCCGAUGGCAGCAUGUAUACAUUCCAUUGCUGUUUUACAGCGGAGUAGAUUAUAUUGAUGCUCCUACACCAUAUAUGAUGGGACUCCAUUCUGGUGUUGAUACCACUGGGCUAACAAUGGAUGGUGUAGUUGUUGUGGACCUUGAGUAUAAUCGUAUCACUACAUCAGAGGAAAUUCCACCUAUUCCUGAACCAGAAUUCAGCUUUUUGCGUGGUGAGAUCACAAAGUUAAUACAUCCCAAUGUAAUUGGAAUUGAUGAAAUGAAGACUGGAAUAUAUAGUGUAUCUGAGCACUUUCCUAAACUUAGGGCUAAGCAAUGGGGAGAAGAACACAACCUUCAGCUAAGGAUGAUAUUCCUAAAGUUCUUUGCAACAUUUUUAAGUGGUUACCGCAAUUUUCUAGAAAAUAGUGCUACUCAGGUCUUCAACAACCAAGCUUUUUUGAAGAAGCGGUCUCGAUCUACCAACCAACCGUCAGAGCCCAUGAUAGCUCAGUUUCUUGAAUCCCAAGGUUUCUUGGAUUAUUUGGAGAGAGGGGUAGGUUUUGAUGAAAACAACAAUACUGUUCUUGAUAAGCUGCAAGAUGCAAUUGGAAGGGGUCAAAACCCUAUGUCAGUUUUUCCUUCAUCCGUGGUAGAGCCUGAGAUUAUAACGGUAUCAGAUUCUGCUGUUGGAAUAUCAGGGUCUAGUGCCAAAUAUACUCAUGAUAGAUUUCCGUCAAACAUCAGAACUGAAGAGCAAGAAGAAAAGAGGAAACAGAUUCUUUCAACCGUUAGUAAUGCCUUUGAGUACUCUGGAAGGCAUACUCCAAGCAAGGAUCCUUUAGCAGACAAUCUUACUCCACAAGAGAGAGCUGCUGAAAGGGACCUUAUGGUACUGGACAUUCAGGUUAAGCUGCAGGGUUUAUGGUUGCGGCUUCUUCAAUUGGAAACUACAGAUGAUCCUCUCUCAUCCUUUGAAUAUGGAACAAUACUUGCUUUGAUUGAAUCUGAUGCAGAGGGAAUUGGUGGCAGUGGAUUUGUUGAAUGUAUAAGGGAGCAUAUGCAUUCGGUUAGUAGUUUUACCGAUAAUUUAAUAAUUUAUUAUUUCUUUUUCUGGGGUAAGAAAGCUUCUGCUGGACCUUUUUUAUUCUAUCAGGGUUGGCAUUGUCAGCUCACUGAGGAACAGUUUAUUGCAGUGAAAGAGUUGCUCAAAACAGCUAUCAAUCGUGCAACAUCACGAAGUGACUGGUUGACCAUUAGAGAUGCUCUUGAGGUUUCUUCUGAUAUGUAUAAGAAAGACAAUAAUAAUGUGCCCGACUAUGUCCAACGUCAUCUUAUUUCUCUAUCUAUUUGGGAGGAGCUACGGUUUUGGGAAGGAUAUUUUGACCAUUUAAUGGAGCAAGCUCCAAAUGAGUCAGCCAACUACGCAUCUCUGGCGACUGCACAGCUUGUUGUGUUGGCUUCACACAUGGCUGGGCUAGGACUUCCUGACUAUGAUGCUUGGUACAUGAUCGAAACAAUUGCAGAGAGGAACAACGUCGGAUCCAAACAAUUUAUAAAAAUCAGAGGAUUCUUAUCCCAUAUCCAACAACUACGUAAUGGGUACUGGGGAUUCACCUCAAUGAAGGCACAGUCUUCCCUAUCACUUGCAUUGACAUCCCCACAUUCAAAAAACACCAAAGAUGAGGAUCAGCAACCAACUGAGGGAACCGGUGUUGGUAGAAGCUGGGUGCAUAGUAUGUUCAGCCGAAGCACAACAUCUAGAUCCAGCUCAUUUAGUCGUGUUCGUAGAUGGACGUCUGAUGGAGGCAAUUCAGCCACCAAUGAGAAUGGGACUCCUCGCAAACAAGAUUCAUCAAUUGGGGGGCAGAAGAAGCUUCAAACAAAUGUUCGCAUGCUUAGGGGUCAUAAUGGUGCCAUUACUGCUCUCCACUGUGUUACAAAGAGAGAAGUGUGGGAUUUGGUGGGUGACCGUGAAGAUGCUGGUUUCUUUAUUAGUGGAAGUACAGACUGCUCAAUUAAGAUAUGGGAUCCAAGUCUUCGUGGUUCUGAACUCAGGGCAACUUUAAAAGGGCAUACAAGGACUGUCCGUGCCAUAAGUUCAGACAGGGGGAAAGUGGUGUCAGGUUCUGAUGAUCAGUCUGUUUUGGUUUGGGACAAGCAGACGACUCAACUUUUAGAAGAGCUUAAAGGCCAUGACGGACCGGUCAGCUGUGUACGCACGCUCUCUGGUGAGCGUGUGCUAACUGCAUCCCAUGACGGCACUGUGAAGAUGUGGGAUGUAAGAACUGAUAGAUGUGUUGCAACUGUUGGUCGUUGCUCUAGUGCUGUUUUAUGCAUGGAAUAUGAUGACAAUGUGGGAAUCUUAGCUGCGGCUGGAAGAGACGUGGAUGCCAACAUGUGGGACAUUCGUGCAAGUAGGCAGAUGCAUAAACUUUCAGGACAUACACAAUGGAUAAGGUCACUAAGAAUGGUAGGUGACACUGUUAUUACUGGUAGCGAUGAUUGGACGGCAAGAAUAUGGUCUGUUUCACGAGGAGCAUGUGAUGCUGUGCUAGCAUGCCAUGCCGGACCAAUAUUAUGUGUUGAAUAUUCUUCAUUAGAUAGAGGAAUAAUAACAGGGUCAAGUGAUGGCCUGCUGCGGUUUUGGGAAAAUGAUGAUGGAGGUAUAAGGUGUGCAAAAAAUAUAACAGUUCACAAUGCUGCCAUAUUAUCUAUCAAUGCUGGGGAGCACUGGUUAGGUAUUGGAGCAGCUGAUAAUUCUCUUUCUCUUUUUCAUCGGCCCCAAGAGAGACUUGGUAGUUUUUCUUCUGGCACCAGCGGGUCCAAGAUGGCUGGUUGGCAGCUUUACAGAACACCACAAAAAACAGUUGCUAUGGUAAGAUGUAUCGCUUCAGACCUGGAAAGGAAAAGGAUAUGCAGCGGGGGUCGUAAUGGACUUCUAAGACUAUGGGAUGCAACCAUCAAUAUUUGAGCCUGAUACACACAUGUUCACGUUUGUAAUUGUAACUAGUUUUUAUACUCGGGCACAAGGAACAAUUCGUUUAUAUGAUUCAAUUAUAUAUAAUGUACUUUAAUGUUUCUUGGCUUUUCA